ACUAUGACACCAAGAUGAGAUGUUGAGGACACACAAUGAGAAACAUCCCCUUUGCGUUCAAGAGACAAUUUUUAUAUCAAGCGAGACGAGAGAACCCUCAAGUAACGUUAUGUGGAUAUAUUCUGGAGUGUUGUAACGUUAUGUGGAUAUAUUCUGGAGUGCUGUAACUUUAUGUGGAUAUAUUCUGGAGUGUUGUAACGUUAUGUGGAUAUAUUCUGGAGUGUUGUAACGUUAUGUGGAUAUAUUCUGGAGUGUUGUAACGUUAGCUUUUGAUCACUUAAAACUUGUCACAAACUCACGUCGGUCGCCCAACGUGGAGGAAAGGAUGUGGGUUUGCUGACAUCUGCAAGCCAGAGGUUUAACUGGAAGGCAACCGGACUCACGAACAACGGCCUUAGAAACCUCGAAGCAACUCCGAGACAUGUAACUUAUUGUGAAGAAGCUUGUGUCCUGUAGGGCACCCCAAAGCUCAGCUUGUCACGGUGCCUCCCUGGGGCUUUCUAUCAUGAGGGGGCGUUGCUCUCGAAAACUGGGCGUGCUGGCCAAGGCAGGCUUCCUGCUGUGGCUGCUGUGGCUGGGCUACCUUCUUUUAGCCCGCUCUGCUCUCCCUUCCUCUUCCUCUGGAGAGGAGGAAGACAAUGACCACAAUCUCCAGGCGAGGCAGCUCCCUAUAGAGGAGAGUGGGGCUGAUGGGCAGCUGGCUAGGCCUCUCUACGUUAAGUCUCCACCAGACAGUAAUGCACCGGGAGAGUGGGGUCGGGCCGCACACCUAAACCUCAGCCCUGAAGAAAAGAAGGAGGAGCAGGACAGUGUGGAGCGCUACGCCAUCAAUAUCUAUGUCAGUGAUAAGAUUUCCCUCCAUCGGCACAUCCAAGACCACAGGAUGAAUGAAUGCCGAAGUAAGAAGUUUGACUACCGGCAUUUACCCACCACCUCUGUGAUCAUAGCCUUCUACAACGAGGCCUGGUCCACCCUGCUGAGGACAGUUCACAGUGUCCUGGAGACCACGCCUGCCAUCCUGUUGAAAGAGAUCAUCCUUAUUGACGACUACAGUGACCGAGGCUACCUGAAAUCCCAACUAGCUGACUACAUCAGCAAUCUGAAACGUGUGCGACUUAUCCGCACCAACAAAAGGGAGGGUCUGGUCCGGGCACGUCUCAUCGGUGCCACCUAUGCUACUGGUGAUGUACUGACAUUCCUUGAUUGCCACUGUGAGUGCGUCCCUGGCUGGAUUGAGCCUCUGCUGGAAAGGAUUGGCGAGAAUGCCAGUACCAUCGUGUGUCCUGUGAUCGACACCAUCGACUGGAACACCUUUGAGUUUUACAUGCAGACGGACGAGCCGAUGAUCGGAGGUUUUGACUGGAGACUGACAUUUCAAUGGCACUCAGUCCCAGCAGUGGAACGCAAGAGGCGCAAGUCUCGCAUCGACCCCAUCAGGUCUCCGACAAUGGCAGGUGGAUUAUUUGCUGUGAGCAAGGCCUACUUUGAGCACCUGGGCACAUAUGACAUGGGCAUGGACGUGUGGGGAGGAGAAAACCUGGAGCUCUCUUUUAGGGUGUGGCAGUGUGGGGGUAGCCUGGAGAUUCACCCUUGCUCUCAUGUGGGCCAUGUCUUCCCAAAAAAGGCCCCUUAUGCACGGCCCAACUUCCUCCAGAAUACUGUACGAGCUGCAGAGGUUUGGAUGGACUCUUAUAAACAACACUUCUACAACAGGAAUCCUCCAGCCAGAAAGGAAACCUAUGGGGAUGUCUCAGAGCGACUGCUGCUGAGGGAGAGGCUGAAAUGCAACAGUUUUGAUUGGUAUCUGAAGAAUGUCUACCCUGAACUACAUGUACCUGAGGACAGGCCGGGCUGGCACGGGGCUGUGCGCAGCUCGGGGAUACACUCAGAGUGUCUUGACUACAAUGCUCCAGAGCACAGUCCCACAGGUUCCCACCUUUCUCUGUUCAGCUGCCAUGGCCAGGGAGGCAACCAGUACUUUGAAUAUACAUCUCAAAAGGAGAUCCGUUUCAACUCAGUGACAGAGCUGUGUGCUGAAGUACUCGAGGGGCAGACGUCCAUCGGCAUGAGGCACUGUCCUAGUGAUAGAGAGCUCAAACCCCCUAGCAUCAUCUGGGAGUUCAGAAAGGACGGGACCAUCUACCAUCCCCACUCAGACAUGUGUGUGACAACCUACCGCACACCAGAGGGCCGCACAGACGCACAGAUGAGGCAGUGUAAUCCAGGAGACAAAAACCAGCAGUGGAAGUUUGAGUGGUAGGAGGAGGGAGAGAGGAAGUAGCAGGGAACCUCAAGUGACCUUGUUUUACCAUAGUGCAAUUACUAGAGUGGAUGUCUUCUUCGCUGCUCUCAAUUCUCUCCCAGUCUGCACUCAAUCUGAAUGGGAAUGACGAGCAAAUAAAAAGGUGCUGAAAAACUUUAAGCCAGCGAUUAACCCAACUCGGCGCUUUUUAUACCCAUGUGAAUGAGAAUGAGAAUUGCAAGGCGAGGGUUUAUUUGGUCUUUUUAAGUAGAGACCAGCUGAACUUAACUUAACUGACUUUUACUUUGGUGUUGCUCUCAUCCAAGUGCCUCUGCAACCAAAACAGAGUCCAGUGCCCAUCUGCAGUCUCAUCAUUGUUCUGUGUUCUGUCAUCUAAUGCAGCACCUUGAAAGCGGUGAGGCUGAUUUGACUAUCCAGCAUGAAGUGCCUUUCAAAGAGAUUGAAGAGAAAGUAUUUCCUAGAAAACCACGUGCAAAAUCAAGCUGCACUACAAAAUGUUUCCUCAAUGUGCAAUUCAUAUUAAUUAGCCUUGUUAAAUCCUCAUGCUUUGUUAUUAGAUGUCAAAAAAAUAUCCAAUUUAAAGAUGGGCUGCUCAAAGAAGAUGCGCCAGGAAUGUAAGGUCAGCAUCAUGUUGCCCUGAACCAGCUACUUCCUAACAUGCCCCAUCAUGUGAGAGGAAAGCGGUGGAGAGAGAGCACUGCGGUCAAACUAGACUGCUUCUCAACUCUUUGACUGUGGAACCAGUUUCAUGGUAGAAUGCUGCCUGAACAGGACUUGAAGCAUCCAUUAAGCAUUUGUACUAAGUGCAAUUUGUCCUAGAGGGCUUGUUGAGUUGACAGGAAUGUUGUAAUCUAUUCUUCCCUGUUGUGUAAAACUAAGAAUACCCUCUAAACUCAUCUGUCACCGUGCCUUUGAUAGGUCCUGAAAGAAUGUUUGUGCCGAACUGAAACGUGCCAGUGGAUGUCAAAUGUAUUUAGAACAUUUAAAAUGCUAAAAAAAACAAGGAAAACAACACUGGCUUGAUGCACUUGAUUUUAUUUAGACACAGAAAGCCUUAAAGGUAGCGACUGUUUAAUUUAAUCCUUCAACUUGGCUGUGCCAGACCGUUUUGUUAAGACUCCUGUGUGUAAACUGUACUUGAAAUGGACACUCCUGUUUGGAUUAUUUUUUCCCCCACCCUGUUGGUGUUCCUACUGGGAUCCAAGGACCAAGAGAUGCAGUGUAACUGUUGUUGAAAUGUUUGUUGAAUAGCAGCUGCAUUUGCAGAGGACUGCUUAUCACUAAGCAAUGUUUGGUAUCUGUGGUCCUUUUAAAGUCACGAAUAUGAGAUAUUCAUGCUAGUCAAUGGAUACAGUAGGUAAACAUGUAAGAGUACUUGUGUUUUGUGUGACGUUUUGUAUAUAAUGUUUGGUUUAAGGGACCAGAGAGGGAUAGAGCUAUCGUAAAGCACCUCUAAAACUACUGAUGAUGCAAAAGGGAUGAUGAUGAUUACUUGAUGUGAAGGAGAGGGUAGCCGAAAUGGGAUGGGUGAUUCACAAAAGAUUGGAGCUGUUGGGAUAAUCGGAAGAAUAAAAAACUAACCACAGA